GUGACACCACCCACCGCUUUCUCUCCCCCCUCCUCGCUCGGUAGGUGGUGCGCGAGCCUAGGUCUUGCACCUGGCUGGCUGUUCCGUCGGCCUCUCAGGCGGCUCCUUCGUCCGCGGGGCAACCAGCAGAGCGGGGGCGUCGCGUUGCCUUCUGACCAUGGUAUUCUCAAAUGAUGAAGAAGGCCUGAUUAACAAAAAAUUACCUAAAGAACUUCUGUUAAGAAUAUUUUCCUUUUUGGACAUAAUUACUUUGUGUCGAUGUGCUCAAGUUUCUAAGUUUUGGAAUGUCUUGGCCUUGGAUGGAAGUAACUGGCAAAGAAUAGACCUUUUUAACUUCCAGACAGAUGUAGAGGGUCGGGUGUUAGAAAAUAUUUCCAAAAGAUGUGGUGGGUUCCUGAGACAACUGAGUUUGCGUGGAUGUCUUGGAGUUGGUGAUACCUCUUUGAAAACAUUUGCACAGAACUGUAGAAACAUUGAGCAUUUGAUCCUUAAUGGAUGCACAAAAAUUACUGAUAGUACUUGUAACAGCCUUAGCAAAUCCUGCCCCAGGCUGAAACAUUUGGAUUUAACAUCUUGUAUUUCUGUUACAAACAACUCUUUGAAAAGUCUAAGUGAAGGGUGCCAAAAUCUGGAGUUCUUGAAUCUUUCCUGGUGUGAUCAGAUAACAAAAGAUGGUAUUGAAGCACUGGUAAAAGGAUGUAAUGGAUUAAAGGCACUAUUUCUGAGAGGAUGUACACAGCUAUUAGAUGAAGCACUUCACCAUAUUGAAACUCACUGCCCUGAACUUCUAACUUUAAACCUACAGUCAUGUAUGCAAAUAUCAGAUGACGGUAUAGCGGGUAUCUGUAGAGGAUGUCCCCAACUCCAGUCGCUUUGUGUUUCUGGUUGUACAAACCUUACAGAUGCUUCUCUAAUAGCACUUGGUUUGAACUGUCCAAGACUGAAAAUUUUGGAGGUUGCAAGAUGUUCUCAUCUCACUGAUGCUGGUUUUAGCCUUCUGGCCCGGAAUUGCCAUGAACUAGAGAAGAUGGACCUAGAAGAAUGUGUUCUGAUAACAGAUAACACAUUGAUACAACUUUCCAUUCAUUGUCCUAAACUGCAAGCACUGUCUUUGUUACAGAGUUUGUCCCACUGUGAACUGAUCACUGAUGAUGGGAUUCUGCAUCUAAGCAGCAGCACAUGUGGGCAUGAAAAGCUCCAGGUACUCGAGUUGGACAACUGCCUUCUAAUUACGGAUAUCACUCUGGAACACCUUGAGAACUGCCACAACUUAGAGAGAAUUGAAUUAUACGACUGUCAGCAAGUCACCCGUGCAGGCAUCAAAAGAAUAAGAGCUCAACUGCCAGAUGUGAAAGUCCACGCAUACUUUGCUCCAGUAACUCCACCUCCUUCUGUAGGAGGCACCCGACAGCAACUCUGCCGCUGCUGCAUUAUUCUUUAACUGAUGAAGAAUUGCACUGCCAAUGUUUGCAAAUGGGAAGAGGGAGUAAGGCAUCCAUUGUCAACCUAUGCUUUUUUAAACUAAUUCAGCUACGUCAAUCAUUAUUCUAGUGCAGCAUUACAGGUAAUAUCUUAGGCAGAUACAGAACAACAGUGGCACCUUGACCAAUGUCUUAUUCUAGAAUUUCUGUGGUUGCUGUGCCAACAUCCUAUCUAAUGUGCAGAUAGUAUCAAACUGAUUGAUUCUGCUGGCUUACGAGAUUAAAUGCCAACAAAUGGAAUGCCACUACUAUAUAAGUAUUGGCUAGUCAAUCAGCAUGGAAAAUUUCAGGAGAUGUUAGCAAAUGUUCUGAACUGAACAAUUCUUCGGAAAAUUGUCAGUUACAUGUAUGUGUCAUACUUUCAAUCAGAUACCUUAUUAAUCCUGUUAAGAAAGAGAGCUUUUGCUGUACAGGGGAAAUUCUGGAGGCUGUUUCCAAAGGGCACUUAUAAACAAAUUGCUAAACCAAUUCCUGAAAAGU